AGAAGAGCUUCAGGAGAUGGCUGUAACUCCAGACGAAGAUGAGGUUUCGUUAGCACUGUUACUACUACAACAAUACCCUGUUUCCUUUGAGCAAGAAGAAGAAGAAGAAGAAGAAUCCGUAAGUGAGGAUGAGUUGGAAGUGAAAAUUUCUAACCAAACAUAUGCAAAUAAGGGUAAGAAGAGAAAAGUCGCGGAGGUAGACAAUUCCAAAGAAACCCUAUUGCGCAUGAUCGAUUGGGAGGCCAAUAGGCCGAAAAAUCCUCCGAGAAGGAUCUUUGUCGGUGAUCCAGAUGCGAUGGGAGCUUGCAGCGAACUGAUGUGGAAGCAGUUGACGGGUAGCGACGUGAAGGAAAAUCAGUGCAGGCUCAUGUUAGGGAAGGAGCGGGUGAAAAAGAUGAUGGUUGAUGUUCUUGGAAAAACAGAGAAACUUGGGAUUCAUGGGCAAACGGUCUCGGUGUAUGGACCAAAGGGAGAGAUUCAUGAGAUGGUUUUCAAGAUGUGGAAGAAGGACACACCUGUUUUGAUGAGUGUUGGAUGGAAGAAUUUCGUGAAGAAAUAUAAGCUCGAGAAGCAUGUUGAUUUUCUCACUAUUUGGAUGUUUAGGCACAAAGAGACUCGGAAGAUUUGCUUCGCUAUUGAUUCCACUAGGAAACUACUUCAGCUUAGAUCUCAGGCGAUUUCGUUCAUCAGUCACUCACCUGAAGCGAGAACGCCAUCUUUUUAUGGUUCCAUUGCUGAACUGAACUUGGAAAGGUGAUCAAGAGAUUUGGAGAUUCAGGACCAGCAAUGCUUGGACUUGGAGUUUCCUCUAAGUGAAAAAGUUUUGCAGGUUCUAUCGAAACGAUUGGUGGCGUUUACCACAAGAACAAUUCCAUCUUAGUGUUCCGAAGGAAGCGUGUACAAGAAGCUACCGCUGCUGUAUCACUCUGUUUCUUGUGACUUAUGUUUUAAGCUAGAGUAUUGUGUAGUUUCGUCCAAAUUGAUUUUCUCGGAAGUUUUGUUGAACUGGACCUAAAAGAAACCUUGAAAUUUUCU